AGGGGAGUUGCAAUGGAGGAUACGCGGCGGGCGACAUGCCUAGUGGCAGGGAUGGCGUUCGGAGUGGCAUGGCUUGUUUUCAUAGACAGCAUUAUCCAAUACAACACGUGUUUGGACCGGGUGAAUGUAGAUGACAUCUGUGCAUGGGGAAAGCCUCCGAACAACCAGACAAUUGCACACGCUUCUGACAGAAAUGUCCUUCUGAUGACUACUCCAGCCCCUCCUCAAUGGCCUGCCAUCACUGGACGACCUGCGCUGGUCUACCUGCCAGGGGUGCUCGGAGCAGUUGCGCUGUUCAUGGUGAACACAGUGGAGCCCUAUCAACUUUCCAUGUCCUACGCGGAGAUGGUGGAAGGGGCCUCGCCUACUGCCCUCAAGAUCUGGUUGUUCGUCGGCAUGCUCGCUGGUCUCACCUCCAUCAUCCUCAGCGUUUGGGUUCUUCUCGACGUCUACAUGCGCGAUCCUGCGCUGCAUCAUGAACCAGCCAUUGCUGCCAUCGUGCAGUCUGUCUUCAUCUUCGUUUCCUCCGGCAUCUUUUGGGUCGGCCGUUCGUAUGGAGAGGAUGACUUGUGGGGAAGCGACCCCUUGCUUUGAGAGAAUCAUGUGACUUUGUCUUUUCUUGUAUCAUAAUCUCAAUGUAGAACUUAAGUCGAUGUUUCCUGCGAUUGUUUGAAUAAGUUUGCA